CCCAUGGAGAACAUCCCCCGGCUGGUGGAGAAGAAGUUGGGGGGCGGUGCCAUUCUGGACAUCGGCUGCUACUGCGUCCAGUUCGCCAGCAUGGUCUUCGGGGGGGAGCGGCCGGAGUCCAUCCUCGCCUCGGGUUUCCUCCAGCCCUCCGGUGUGGACGAAACCACCUCGGUGAUCCUGAACUACGCGGGCAAGCGCCAGGCCGUGCUGUCCUGCACCAUGCGCAUCGAGCUCCCCAACCAGGCCCGGAUCUGCGGCACCAAGGGCUCCAUCGAGGUCCCCGCCCCCUGGUACGCCCCUACCACCCUGAUCGUGAACAACCAGCGCCACGAGUGCCCCCUGCCGUCCCCCGCUCAGCCCCUCAACUUCUCCAACGGCACCGGCAUGCGCUACGAGGCCCAGCACGUGCGCCACUGUCUGCUGCAAGGCCUGAAGGAGAGCCCCAUCAUGAGCCUGGCCGAGAGCGAGCUGGUGGCCUCCAUCGUGGACGAGGUGCGACGGCAGCUUGGGGUGACCUUCGUCGAGGACCGGCAGGGCUGA